AUGGGAAAUGAUUAUUGUGUGAGCAGAAGAAAUUCUAAAUCUAAAAUCUCGGAGCACAGAAUGUUUUAAUAAGAUAUCCAAUAUCAACUAGAAAGAUUAAAGGACAUUGACAAGAAAUACAUUGUUAUCUAAUAUGAGAAUAAAUCAAUUGAAGAUCUCUUAAGAAACAUCGAUAUCAAUAUUACAAAUUAGGUGAAUAGAGAACAAGAAAACUAAAAUCUCAAUUCAUAAGACUCAAUUGUCAUUGAUUUUGCUUAAUUUACUCAAUUCGGAAAUGAGAUAAUAUAAUAACUACAACAGAAAAUCAAGGAUUUAACCUUAAAGAAGUAGGAUUGGUCCCUUUUGGUUGAUGACAACUCAAGCACUCAUUUUUUGAAACUUCAAAUGUCAUAAACUUAAAUGGAAGAUGGAAACAAGAUAAAUACUAUUAUUAGUUAAUUUAUAGUUCCAUGCAAUCCUAAAAGAUUCAUUUAUUAUAUGGGAAACUUUUAAGAACAAAAGUAAUUGGAUCUUAGAAUAGAUUAAUUUAGAUGUAUCUCGAAGAAUAAAGAGGAUUAAGAAUAAAUUAUCUAUUUAAGUUAUAAAAGUGUUUCAAUAAUAUCUGCUAGAGAUUUUAUCUAUUUCAAAAAAACUAAAUUAAUUGAUGAGACAAAUGAUAUAUGGUGUGAUGCAAGUAGAUCCAUAGACAAUAAUAACUAUUGUUCUGUAAAUAAUAAGAUUGUUAGAGGAACUAUUUAUUUAAGUGGAUAUGUAAUUUAGCCUCUGAAAAAUGUUCUGAACAAUGAUCCCUAUUCCCAAAGAUUUGCCUCUAUAUCUAAGAAAGCAGAGAAUUAUUCCUUUGUAUAAAUGUGUUCAUAAUGUGACUUCAAAUUGAAAGUGCCUUUUUAUAUUGCAAAAGGAUAGGUGAAGCAAGAGAUGAUUAAUUAUAUCAAUCUACUUUAUAGAAACUUAUAGUGA